GUCAAAAACAGCGUGGUCGCGAGCGAAAACAGCCGUGUGUAAUCCCGAGUUCUUCCGUGCUCCGGGCCACCUUUUACGCAAACUGUUGCACAAACCGCAUUUCCUUACGUAUUUCGAAGGCAUUUCCAUCCCCGAGAACUACUCCUUGGCCGCAACAACAUAUUCCACCAGCGAGCAGAGGAAAUUCCGAUUUACUCUGUGCCACUUCUGCUGCCGCUGCCACCACGUGUUUGUGGAGAUAAAAACUCCGGGAAAAAGAUUACUAAUAAAACCCCACCGAACCGGCUAAUAACGAUGGAGAACGGUGCCCACGGAAAAGAGGGAAGCCUGCUGGAUGGCCUUUCGUGCGAGGAACUAUUCCAGAAGAGCGAUGGCCUGACGUACAAUGAUUUCAUCAUUCUGCCCGGUUUCAUCGAUUUUACGCCCGACGAGGUCGAUCUGGCCUCACCGUUGACGAAGAAAAUUAUGCUGAAAGCGCCGCUCGUUUCCUCCCCCAUGGAUACGGUUACGGAGGCCGACAUGGCCAUCUCGAUGGCGCUUUGCGGCGGCAUCGGUAUUAUUCAUCACAACUGCUCGGCCGAGUACCAGGCGAACGAGGUGCACAAGGUGAAGAAGUACAAGCAUGGCUUCAUCCGAGAUCCGCUCGUUAUGGGCCCGGAAAAUACGGUCGCGGACGUGCUGGAGGCAAAGCGUCAGAAUGGGUUCACCGGUUACCCGAUCACGGAGAAUGGCAAGCUGGGCACCCGUCUGGUCGGCAUUGUUACGUCGCGUGAUAUCGAUUUCCGUGAGCACGACGUGGAGAUCAAGCUGAAGGACAUUAUGACGAAGGUCGAGGAUAUGAUCACUGCCCCGAACGGUGUGACGCUGAUGGAAGCGAACCACAUACUGGAAAAGAGCAAGAAGGGUAAACUGCCGAUCGUCAACACGAACGGUGAACUGGUGGCCCUCAUCGCAAGGACCGAUCUGAAGAAGGCUCGCAGCUAUCCGAAUGCAUCGAAAGACAGCAACAAGCAGUUGCUGGUCGGUGCGGCGAUUAGUACGCGCGAUGAGGACAAGGAGCGGUUGGAGUUGCUGCAUCAGAACGGUGUGGAUGUGAUCGUGCUCGAUUCGUCGCAGGGCAACUCGAUCUACCAGAUUGACAUGAUCAAGUACAUCAAGCAGAAGUACCCUUCGCUGCAGGUGAUUGCCGGCAAUGUGGUAACACGCCAGCAGGCAUUCAACCUAAUCCAAGCCGGCUGUGAUGCGCUGCGUGUUGGCAUGGGUUCGGGAUCGAUCUGCAUUACGCAGGAGGUGAUGGCUUGCGGUUGUCCGCAGGCAACGGCCGUCUACCAGGUGAGCAAUCUGGCUCGCAAGUACGGCGUACCGGUGAUUGCUGACGGUGGAGUGCAGACGAUCGGUCACAUCAUGAAAGCCCUCUCGUUGGGUGCCUCGGCGGUGAUGAUGGGUUCGUUGCUCGCUGGCACAUCGGAAGCACCGGGCGAAUAUUACUUCAGCGAUGGCGUUCGACUGAAGAAGUACCGUGGAAUGGGCAGUCUGGAAGCGAUGGAACGUAAAGAUGGAAAGGGAGCGGCCGGUUCCCGGUAUUUCCAUACGGAGAUGGAGAAACUGCGCGUUGCACAGGGCGUCAGCGGUAGCAUCGUCGAUAAGGGAUCGAUACUGCGCUUCGUACCGUACUUACAGUGUGGAUUGCGUCAUAGUUGCCAGGACAUUGGAACACGUUCCAUUGCCAAUCUAAGGAAAAUGAUCUACAGCGGUGAGUUACGAUUCAUGAAGCGCACGCACUCGGCACAGCUGGAAGGAAACGUGCAUGGACUGUUUUCCUACGAGAAGCGCCUAUUCUGAGACCAACCGAACGGUCAGGAACAUUCGUCAGCAGCUGGCAGCUGCUGUUGAUUGUCACCAGCAUCAUCACCACCACCAGCAAAACGCAAAACGAAAAUCCCGGUCCCGGAGACUUGUCACCUCGGGUGGUUUUUUUUUUUUUUUUGUAGCAAACCUCGACGCGCCCGAGCGCUGUCCGUAAACUUUGGCACAUUGGCACUUAACUUCAGUGAAAGCGAGUGGAGCAGAAAAAUUGUUCGUUAGGACACUUAAAAUUGUUUUUUAGCAUCUAAGAAUCAGCAAUCGAAGACCCGCCGCCAUUAUGGGCCGUACCGUUCGGGUGUAAUGUAUCUCAUUACGUACUACAUCUAAAUCCGUACUUUUCAAUGUGAAACAUCUAAAGUAUGGUGACACGUUAUAUCUAACGUGCACUUUAAAACGUUAUAAGCUGGUCAAACGCGUUCGUAGAAUACCCCUUUCCACAUGAACUCCAAGCGUGUCCUAGAGAGCGAUCCCAUCGAUCAGCUUUAUAGGAUAGGUUUUGCUGUUUAAAGUGAUUGUUAGGGCUACAUUCCUUUCAUUCAACAAACAGCGUCCGCCCGAACGUCUUUAACAAAAACUCUCUACUUAACACAGCAACGACAGCGCAUGAGCCGUGGUUAGUCAGUCGCCGUUUCAAAGCAUAUGCCGAUCGUCGGUUUCUACUUAAGCUACUUCUGUAAGAUUUCCUACGAGCGCAAGCGCCGCGUUACUAGUAGCAACGCGUUACACAACUUAUGAAAAGAGUGAGGAGGAAAAAAUGGCCAGUUUGCCCUCCCGCAUUAGGAACCAUCUAAGUUAAACGUUUUUCUUACUUUGGCUAAGCUUAACUAAAUUGUGGUAUGCGUUAUUAAAUGGAAAUAGUAAUAAAACACCUGAUGUAUGUG